UUCUUUCUCAGUUAUUCAUUUCUUCUCCAAUUCUCUGCUUCCCUUUCUGUCUCUGUGCGAUCCUCAUCAAAACCCUAAUCUUGAUCGCGAAGAAGCUCAAAUUUCCUCUUAUCACUCUCGAAAAAUCGAAGCUUGACGAUCCGAUCGUCGUCAAACAGCCGCUACAAAACGUUCCUCACUUCAAUUUUAGUUGCCGCAUAAUUUUAAUUUCCCCAAUUCAGUCUCUGCUCUUCGAUCAAUUCUUGGUUUUUUAGCGAUUGAUCGGGUACCAAUUCAAGGCGGUUCUCAAUCGUGCAAUGCUUUCAGUUCCAAUAUGAAGUUAAAGAGAAGGAGGGCGGUUGAAGUGCCCCCAAAAAUUAGAUCCUUCAUCAAUAGUGUCACUGCCGUUCCCUUUGAGAAUAUAGAGGAACCUCUGAAAGGUUUCAUCUGGGAGUUCGAUAAGGGAGAUUUCCAUCAUUGGGUUGAUCUUUUCAACCAUUUUGAUUCAUUUUUUGAGAAGCACAUAAAAUCCAGGAAGGAUUUGCAGGUUGAUGAUAAUUUUCUAGACACUGAUCCUCCUUUUCCGAGAGAAGCUGUUCUUCAAGUUCUCCGUGUAAUAAGGAUAAUUUUGGAGAAUUGCACAAAUAAGCACUUCUACAGUUCUUAUGAGCAGCAUCUUUCAUCUCUUCUUGCUUGCACUCAUGCGGAUGUGGUUGAGGGUUGCCUGCAGACAUUGGCUGCAUUUUUAAAGAAAACAGUUGGAAAGUAUUCCAUUAGGGAUGCUGCACUAAAUUCAAAGUUAUUCGCUCUUGCACAAGGUUGGGGGGGAAAAGAAGAGGGUCUUGGAUUAAUUGCUAGUGCAAUACAGAAUGGUUGUGACCCUGUUGCUUACGAGUUAGGCUGCACCCUUCAUUUUGAGUUCUAUGCAUCAAAUGAUUCAACAGGUGACAUCCCUGCCAACCAAGGUUUACAAAUCAUUCACUUACCCAACAUCAAUACUCAUCCAGAGACGGAUCUUGAGCUUUUGUGUAAGUUAAUUGCCGAGUACAAAGUACCCUCUAGCUUAAGAUUUUCUUUAUUGACAAGAUUGCGGUUUGCAAGGGCUUUUGGCUCUGUAGCUACUCGGCAGCAGUAUGCAUGCAUCCGCUUGUAUGCCUUCAUAGUUCUUGUUCAAGCAAAUAGUGAUGCUGACGACCUUGUUUCUUUCUUCAAUGCUGAACCUGAGUUUAUCAAUGAAUUAGUGUCAUUGUUGAGCUUUGAGGAUGUGGUUCCUGAGAAAAUUCGAAUUCUCUGUCUUCUUUCACUGGUUGCUCUUUGUCAAGAUCGAUCCCGGCAGCCUACUGUUUUAACUGCUGUCACAUCUGGUGGGCAUCGUGGAAUCCUGUCCAGUCUCAUGCAGAAGGCCAUUGAUUUUGUCACCAAAGAUACAUCAAAGUGGUCUGUUGUUUUUGCUGAGGCUCUAUUGUCUCUUGUCACAGUUUUGGUGUCAUCAUCAUCAGGUUGUUCAGCCAUGCGUGAAGCUGGUUUUAUUCCCACCCUUCUGCCUUUGCUUAAAGAUACAGACCCGCAACACCUUCAUUUGGUCAGCACAUCUGUGCACAUUUUAGAAGCUUUUAUGGAUUACAGUAAUCCUGCUGCUGCAUUGUUUCGGGAUUUGGGUGGUUUAGACGAUACAAUCUCUCGCCUACAGGUGGAAGUGUCUCAUGUAGAAAAUGGCUCAAAGCAUGAAGAUGAUGAUUCUGACAUCAUUGGGAGUAGUGCACAAGUAGCUGUAGGAACUUCCACAGAGCUAGACAGCAUGCAGCCUUUGUAUUCAGAACCACUGGUUUCAUAUCACAGACGAUUGCUUAUGAAAGCUCUAUUGCGUGCUAUAUCCCUGGGGACUUAUGCCCCUGGAAAUACUGCUCGUGUUUAUGGCUCAGAGGAGAGUCUAUUGCCACAAUGCUUAUGCAUAAUAUUUAAAAGGGCAAAGGAUUUUGGUGGUGGGGUAUUCUCACUUGCGGCAACUGUCAUGAGUGAUCUAAUACACAAAGAUCCUACCUGUUUUCCAGUUUUAGAUGCAGCAGGCCUUCCUUCUGCCUUCUUGGAUGCUAUAAUGGAUGGUGUUCUUUGCUCUGCAGAAGCCAUUACAUGCAUACCACAGUGUCUGGAUGCCCUAUGUUUAAAUACUACUAAUGGUCUUCAGGCUGUGAAAGAUCGCAAUGCUUUGAGGUGCUUUGUGAAGAUAUUUACUUCAAGAACUUAUCUGAAGGCCCUGACCAGUGACACACCAGGUUCGUUAUCUAGUGGAUUGGAUGAGUUAAUGCGCCACGCUUCCUCAUUGCGUGGGCCUGGAGUGGAUAUGCUGAUUGAGAUCUUAAAUGCCAUUUCAAAAAUUGGACAUGGGGUUGAUGCUUCGUACAUGUCAAUUGAUCCUUUGGGCUCUUCUACUCCUGUUCCCAUGGAAACAGAUGGAGAAGAGAGGAAUUUGGUCAUGUCUGAUAAUGGGGAAUCAUCCAAAACGGAGAGUUCAGAGCAGACUGUGGAACCACCUUCUGAUUCUUCAGUGGGGAAUGUUGAAUUAUUUCUUCCUGAUUGUGUGAGCAAUGUUGCACGUCUUCUUGAAACAAUACUUCAGAAUGGUGACACAUGUCGUAUAUUUGUGGAGAAGAAGGGGGUUGAAGCUGUCCUGCAGUUAUUUACCUUGCCUUUGAUGCCUCUUUCUGUUUCAGUUGGCCAGAGUAUUUCUGUCGCAUUUAAGAACUUCUCACCACAACAUUCUGCUUCUUUGGCUCGGGCAGUAUGUUCAUUCUUGAGAGAGCAUCUGAAAUCAACAAAUGAACUUUUAGUUUCAGUUGGAGGGACUCAACUUGCUUUGGUGGAAUCUGUGAAGCAAACUCAAGUUUUGAGACAUCUUUCCAGUCUUGAAGCUAUUCUGUCUCUGUCUAAUGUUCUGUUGAAAGGGACGACUACUGUGGUGUCUGAACUGGGUGCAGCUGAUGCUGAUGUAUUGAAAGAUCUCGGGAGCACCUACCGGGAAAUAAUUUGGCAAAUCUCUCUGUGCAAUGAUGUCAAGUCAGAUGAGAAGAUCAAUGCUGAACAAGAACCAGAGAGUGCUGAGGCAGCUCCGACUAAUGCUUCUGGAAGGGAGAGUGAUGAUGAUGCAAAUAUUCCAAUGGUGAGAUAUAUGAACCCAGUUUCUAUCAGGAAUCAGCCCUUGUGGGGUGGAGAACGUGAGUUUCUAUCAGUUGUUCGCUCUGGUGAAGGUUUGCACCGUCGUAGUCGUCAUGGUUUUACACGCAUAAGGGGUGGAAGGACAGGCCGGCAUUUGGAGGCUUUAAAUGUUGAUUCUGAAUCUUCCUCAACGGUAUCAGAGACAUCUACUUCCCAAGAUUUGAAAAAGAAAAGUCCUGAUGUUCUUGUGAUAGAAAUCCUCAACAAGCUGGCUUCCACACUGCGUUCCUUCUUCACAGCUCUUGUCAAGGGAUUCACAUCACCAAAUCGGCGUAGAGUCGACUCUGGGUCGUUGAGUUUGGUUUCCAAGACUCUUGGAACUGCCCUAGCUAAAAUAUUUCUCGAGUCUCUUAGCUUCUCUAGGCAUUCUACAUCAACUGGGCUCGAUACAUCACUGUCAGUCAAGUGUCGAUAUCUUGGCAAAGUUGUCGAUGAUAUGGUAUCACUUACAUUUGACAGCAGGCGACGUACUUGUUAUACUGCAACAGUAAAUAAUUUCUAUGUCCAUGGUACUUUUAAGGAGCUGCUUACAACAUUUGAAGCUACUAGUCAGUUGUUGUGGACACUACCAUACUCCGUGUCAACGUCAGGUAUUGAUCCCGAAAGGACAGGUGAAGGAAGUAAACUGUCCCACAGUUCGUGGCUGCUUGAUACUUUACAGAGCUAUUGCCGUGUGCUCGAGUAUUUUGUUAAUUCUUCUUUACUCUUAUCCACAACCUCUGCUUCUCAAGCACAGUUGCUUGUUCAGCAGCCAGUUGCAGUUGGUUUGUCAAUUGGGCUUUUCCCUGUGCCAAGGGACCCAGAAGUUUUUAUUCGUAUGCUGCAAUCUCAAGUUCUUGAUGUGAUACUUCCUGUCUGGAACCACCCUUUGUUUCCAAAUUGUAGUCCAGGUUUCAUUGCUUCUAUUGUCUCGCUUGUCAUGCAUGUAUAUUCUGGUGUUGGAGAUGUGAAGCAGAAUCGCAGUGGCAUUGCUGGAAGUACAAACCAGCGAUUCAUGCCCCCACCACUUGAUGAAAAUACUAUUACCACCAUUGUUGAGAUGGGUUUUCCAAGGGCUAGGGCAGAGGAAGCUCUUAGGCGGGUGGGAACAAAUAGCGUUGAAAUGGCCAUGGAGUGGCUCUUUAGUCAUCCUGAGGAUCCUGUGCAGGAUGAUGAUGAACUGGCUCGAGCACUUGCUCUUUCACUGGGAAAUUCAUCAGAUGCAUCUAAAGCUGAGAGUGUUGAAAAGCCUGUUGAUGUGCCGGCAGAAGAGGGUUGUGUGAAAGCUCCUCCUGUUGAUGAUGUCCUUGCAGCGUCGGUUAAAUUACUUCAAAGUAAUGAUACCAUGGCAUUCCCUUUGACAGUGCUUGUGACACUUAGCAACCAGAACAAAGGGGAAGACCGUCCAAGAGUUGUAUCUUAUCUUACUCAGCAGCUAAAGAAUUGUCCAUUGGAUUUUUCUAAUGAUACCAGUGCGUUGAGUAUGGUGUCACAUGUUAUUGCAUUACUUCUUUCUGAGGAUGGAAGCACAAGGGAAGUCGCUGCACAGUAUGGUAUUGUGACUACUGCAACAGAUAUCUUGAUGAACUUUAAGGGCAAAGAUGAGUCAGGCAAUGAGCUUCUUGUCCCAAAAUGUAUCAGUGCUCUACUGCUUAUUUUGGAUAACAUGUUGCAAUCAAGGUCCAGAAUUUCUGAAAAGGUUGAAGAUACUCAGACAGGGCCUUUACCUGAAUUAUCUGGAGAGCGUAUGUCAAUCCCUGCAUCAGAUACAGAGAAAAAACAGCUUAUGGAUGCCUAUGAAAAGGAUUCUGCCACAGCAUUUGAGAAAAUAUUGGGGAAAUCUACUGGUUAUUUGACUAUGGAAGAGAGUCAUAAAGUGCUAGCAGUUGCUUGUGACUUGAUAAAGCAGCAUGUCCCAGCAAUGAUCAUGCAGGCUGUUUUACAAUUAUGUGCUCGCUUGACAAAAACUCAUGCUCUAGCUUUACAAUUCCUUGAAAAUGGAGGCUUGGCAGCUCUAUUUGGCCUUCCAAGAAGUUGUUUUUUCCCGGGAUAUGAUACUGUUGCAUCUGCUAUUGUUCGCCAUCUCCUUGAAGAUCCACAAACACUGCAAACAGCAAUGGAAUUGGAGAUUCGCCAAGCCCUGAGUGGAAACAGGCAUGGUGGGCGCACUUCUGCACGAACGUUCUUGACAUCAAUGGCACCUGUAAUCUCUAGAGAUCCAGUAGUUUUUAUGAAAGCUGCUUCUGCAGUUUGUCAGUUGGAGACAUCAGGAGGUAGAACCUUUGUUCUGUUAGAAGGAAAAGAGAAGGAAAAGGAAAAAUCUAAAGCAGUAGGUGAUGAGGCUGGAUUAUCUUCCAAUGAGUGUGUACGGAUUUCUGAAAAUAAGAUACAUGAUGGAUCUGGUAAAUGCGCAAAAAGUCACAAGAAGAUCCCUGCCAAUCUCACUCAAGUGAUAGAUCAGCUUCUUGAAAUAGUCUUCAAAUACCAUUUCCCAAAUAGCCAGGAAGACUAUUCGAAUAACCCAUCUGCUAUGGAAGUAGAUGAACCCUCUAUGAAGGUGAAGGGUAAAUCAAAGGUUGACGAGACAAGGAAAGUGGAGUCAGAAUCUGAAAGAUCUGCAGGGUUGGCUAAAGUUACCUUUGUUCUCAAAUUACUGAGUGAUAUCCUUCUUAUGUAUGUACAUGCAGUUGGGGUUAUACUUAAACGGGAUUUAGAAAUGACUCAGUUGCGGGGAUCUAAUCAAACAGAUGGUCUUGGACAUGGUGGUAUACUUCACCAUGUAAUUCAUCGAUUGCUUCCACGCACCAUUGAUAAAUCUGCUGGACCUGAUGAAUGGAGAGACAAACUGUCUGAAAAAGCUUCUUGGUUCCUGGUAGUUCUGUGUGGUCGUUCCAGUGAAGGGCGCAGACGAGUAAUUAGUGAACUUGUAAAGGCUUUAUCCUCGUUUUCGAAUUUGGGAUGUACUUCCACCAAGAGCAUCUUAUUACCGGAUAAAAGCGUUUAUGCUUUUGUUGAUUUGGUGUAUUCAAUUUUGUCAAAAAAUUCAUCAUCCAGCAACUUACCUGGUUCUGGGUUUUCACCAGACAUAGCAAAAAGCAUGAUAGAUGGGGGAAUGAUUCAGUGUCUGACUGGUAUCCUCCGGGUGAUUGACUUAGACCAUCCUGAUGCUCCCAAAACUGUGAAUUUGAUACUCAAGACGUUAGAAAGCCUAACAAGGGCUGCUAAUGCUAGUGAGCAAUACUUUAAAUCUGAUGAGACGAGCAAGAAAAAAUCCACAGGGUUGAAUGGAAGUUCUGACGAUCAGGUAACUGCCCCAUCAGCUGAUACUACUGUGGGGGAUAAUCAGAAUGCAAGCAGUGAACAGGGUGUGAGAGACGUCGUACAGGUUGUUCAAGGGGAUCAAGGAAUUUCUGAAAGUGAAGGUAAUCCUGAAGUAAAUCUGAUCCAGUUGGUGGAACAAGAUAUGAGGAUAGAAGUUGAAGGACCAAUAGCUUCUAAUCCACCCAUGGAGCUUGGGAUGGAUUUCAUGCGUGAGGAGAUGGAUGAAGGUAAUGUACUACACAACACUGAUCAAAUUGAGAUGUCUUUUCGUGUUGAGAAUAGGACAGAUGAUGACAUGGCUGAUUUAGAAAACGACAUGGGUGAUGAUGGUGAGGAUGACGACGAGGGAGAGGACAUGGCUGAUUUAGAAAAUGACAUGGGUGAUGAUGGUGAGGAUGAUGAGGAUGAUGAUGAGGGAGAGGAUGAGGAUGAGGAUAUAGCAGAGGGCGGUGGUGGCAUGAUGUCACUUGCUGAUACUGAUGUGGAAGACCAUGAUGAUACCGGCUUGGGAGAUGAUUACAAUGAUGGGAUGAUUGAUGAAGAUGAUGAUGAUUUUCAUGAGAAUCGUGUCAUAGAAGUGAGAUGGAGAGAAGCCCUUGAUGGGCUUGAUCAUUUGCAGGUACUUGAACAACCUGGAGCUGGAAGUGGUCUCAUUGAUGUUGCUGCUGAACCUUUUGAAGGUGUUAAUGUGGAUGACUUGUUUGGUCUGAGAAGGCCGAUAGGUUUUGAUCGCCGCCGUCAGACAAGUAGGUCUUCCUUUGAGCGAUCUGUUGCAGAAGCAAAUGGAUUUCAACAUCCUCUCCUUUUAAGACCAUCCCAGUCUGGGGAUUUGGUCUCAAUGUGGUCAGCAGGUGGAAAUUCAUCCAGGGAUUUAGAAGCUCUGUCAUCAGGGAGCUUUGAUGUUGCUCAUUUCUACAUGUUUGAUGCUCCUGUUCUACCUUAUGAUCACGUACCAAGCAAUCUUUUUGGUGACCGGUUGAGUGGUGCUGCACCCCCACCAUUGACUGAUUAUUCAGUAGGUAUGGACUCAUUGCAGUUAUCGGGGAGAAGAGGGCCAGGUGAUGGUCGAUGGACUGAUGAUGGCCAGCCUCAAGCAGGUCCUCAAGCUGCUGCUAUUGCACAAGCAGUGGAGGAACACUUUAUAUCGCAAUUACGCAGUCUUGCUCCAGCUGAUAUCCCUGCUGAACGACAGUCCCAGAACUCAGGAGUGCAGGAGAAACAGCCAGAUCUCCCUCCUUUAAGUGAUAGUCAAGUAGCAGGGGAGUGCAAUGACAGCCAUGAAAGAAAUGAAGAUCAGCGUCAAGAUGGGGUUGAUGAAACAACACAUCAAGUUAACUCAAGUUCUGACACUGCUCCCUGUCAAGAACAAGUCAAUCCAGAAUCUAUAGUCGAAGGUGCAGGGGAGUUCUUACAAGCACCUGAACCAAUGUCAAUUAUGCCACCUUCAACGAACAGUACACCAAGCGAUAGCAUGGACAUUGGUGAUGGAAAUGGUGCUGCUGGUGAGCAAGUAGGGUCAGUGCCAGGUUCUGUCAACUCGUCUGCAGAAAUAAGUGCUGGUUUACAAUGUGAAGGGGGUUCUGUGCCUUCUAAUCCCCAUGAUGUUACUGUGGAGGCUGUGGGUUGUGAUAGAUCCUCAAGAGCAGAGGGUCAGGUUGGUAAUGUGUCGGCAAGUUUGGGUUUCAAUGUGCCUAAUCCAGGUGAUUCUCAUACUUCUUUGGUGCCAACAAAUAUUGACGUUGAUAUGAAUUACAUUGGUGAAAUAAAUGAAUUGGCCAUCCCAUGCCUACUUGAAAAUCGUACAGUUGAACCAUCAAGGGAAAACACAACUGUUGCUCCAGAAGCUAAUCAGGCUGAACAAGAUUUGAAUAAUGAGGCUGCUGGUGCUAAUACAAUUGAUCCGACCUUCUUGGAUGCUUUACCUGAAUAUUUGAGGGCCGAAGUUCUUGCUUCACAACAAGCUCAGCCGGUUCAACCUCCAUCUUAUGCACCACCUUCUGCAGACGACAUUGAUCCUGAGUUUUUAGCAGCCCUUCCUCCAGAUAUCCAAGAAGAAGUUUUGGCUCAACAAAGAGCACAAAGGGUUGCACAUCAGGCUGAGGGACCAGUUGACAUGGACAACGCUUCAAUAAUUGCUACUUUUCCUGCUGAUUUACGUGAAGAGGUACUUUUAACUUCUUCAGAAGCAGUUCUGUCUGGAUUGCCUUCUCCAUUGCUCGCUGAAGCCCAAAUGCUAAGAGACCGAGCAAUGAGUCAUUAUCAGGCUCGCAGCCUUUUUGGAACCAGCCAGAGGCUAAACAACCGGAGAAAUGGAUUGGGUUUUGAUCGGCAGACGGUGAUGGACAGAGGUGUUGGAGUCACAAUUGGCCGGAGGGCAGUUUCUGCUCUUGCAGACAGCUUAAAGGUUAAGGAAAUCGAAGGAGAGCCACUUCUGGAUGCCGAUGAAUUGAAAGCCUUAAUUAGGCUAUUACGAUUAGCGCAGCCCCUGGGCAAAGGACUCUUGCAGAGGCUCUUGUUGAACUUAUGUACCCAUAGCGUUACACGAGCAAUCUUAGUUCGUCAUUUGCUUGAUAUGAUCAAACCUGAGGCUGAGGGCUCAGUCGGUGGAUUAGCAGCUAUUAAUGCUCAAAGGCUUUACGGUUGCAAUUCAAAUGUUGUUUAUGGUCGAUCACAGUUGUUAGAUGGUCUUCCUCCCUUGGUGCUACGUCGAAUUCUUGAGAUCUUGACUUAUUUGGCCACAAAUCAUUCUGCUGUGGCAAAUAUGUUAUUCUUCUUUGAUUUCUCUGGUGUUCCUGAGUCAUUAAGCCCUAUCCAUAUGGAAACCAAGAAGGACAAAGGCAAGGAGAAAAUUGGAGAAGGAGGAUCUUCAUCAAAACCAUCUGGAAACACCCAGGAUGUGGACAUUCCCCUGAUAUUGUUCCUGAAGCUCCUGAACCGACCUCAUUAUGGCACUGCUCAUCUUGAGCAGGUGAUGGGCCUGCUUCAGGUUGUUGUGUAUACUUCAGCUUCAAAAUUAGAGGGCCAGUCUCAAUCUGAGAGGGCAGAUAAGCCUGUUGGUGAAGCUUCAGGAGAUGGUCAAAAGGUUCCUCCUUUGGAAUCAGAAUCUAAUCAGGGAGAGAAGCCUGUUAGUGGUGAAUCAUCAACUUCAGAUGGAAAGAGGAGUACGGAUACAUAUAAUGUUUUCUUGAAGCUGCCAGAAUCUGAUCUACACAAUCUUUGCAGCCUUCUUGGUCGUGAGGGGCUUUCAGAUAAACUUUAUAUGCUUGCUGGUGAGGUCUUGAAGAAGUUGGCCUCAGUUGCAGCACCCCAUCGAAAACUAUUUGUCUCAGCGCUGUCAGAACUGGCUCAUCGCUUGAGUGCCUCAGCUGUUGGUGAGCUUGUUACUCUCCGGAACACACAUAUGCUGGGUUUGAGUGCCGGAUCAAUGGCUGGGUUAGCAAUCCUACGUGUAUUACAAGCACUUUGCUCUCUCACUUCACCUAGGGCUAGUGAGAAUUCAGGAUUGGAGAAUGAUGCGGAUCAGGAGGAGCAUGCCAUCAUGUGGAAACUAAAUGUUGCACUUGAGCCACUGUGGCUAGAAUUAAGCAACUGUAUAAGUGCGACUGAAACAGCACUGGGUCAGAGUACUUUUUGUCGAACCAUGUCUAUAGUAAAUACUGGGGACCAUGCACAGGGUUCUUCUUCGUCUCCUCUCCCUCCUGGAACCCAGAGACUCCUGCCUUUUAUGGAGGCUUUUUUUGUUCUGUGUGAAAAGCUACAAGAGAACCUCUCUACUAUGCUGCAAGACCAGGCGAAUGUGACUGCAAGAGAAGUCAAAGAGUCCUCUGGAAACUCAGAUCCUUCAACUACCAAGUGCCACAGUUGUGGGGAUUCUCAGAGAAAGCUUGAUGGUGCUAUUACAUUUACAAAGUUCGCUGAGAAGCAUCGCCGGCUUUUAAAUGCUUUUAUCAGGCAGAAUCCAGGUUUGUUGGAGAAAUCCCUUACUAUGAUGCUGAAGGCACCAAGGCUAAUUGAUUUUGAUAACAAAAGAGCAUAUUUCCGGUCAAGAAUUAGGCAGCAGCAUGAGCAACAUCUCUCUGGUCCUCUGAGAAUAAGUGUUCGGCGGGCAUACGUUUUGGAGGAUUCUUAUAAUCAGUUGCGCAUGCGGCCUACUCUGGACAUGAAGGGACGAUUAAAUGUCCAAUUCCAAGGGGAAGAGGGUAUUGAUGCUGGAGGUCUGACACGAGAGUGGUAUCAAUUACUGUCAAGGGUCAUAUUUGACAAGGGGGCAUUGCUUUUCACCACCGUAGGAAACAAUGCAACUUUCCAGCCAAACCCUAAUUCUGUCUACCAGACAGAACAUCUGUCUUAUUUUAAAUUUGUGGGCCGUGUGGUUGCAAAGGCACUUUUUGAUGGGCAACUUUUGGAUGUUUAUUUCACUCGAUCCUUCUAUAAGCAUAUACUUGGUGUAAAGGUGACUUACCAUGAUAUAGAGGCUGUGGAUCCUGAUUACUACAAGAAUUUAAAGUGGAUGUUAGAGAAUGACGUGAGUGAUAUUCCUGACCUGACGUUUAGCAUGGAUGCGGAUGAAGAAAAGCAUAUCCUUUAUGAGAAAAACCAGGUUACUGAUUAUGAGCUGAAACCUGGAGGAAGAAAUAUUCGGGUUACAGAAGAGACGAAGCACGAGUAUGUUGACCUUGUAGCUGAACAUAUCUUGACAAAUGCUAUCCGACCUCAAAUUACUUCCUUCAUGGAGGGGUUUAAGGAAUUGGUCCCGCGAGAGCUUAUCUCAAUUUUCAAUGACAAGGAGCUUGAGCUACUUAUCAGUGGUCUUCCAGAGAUAGAUUUGGCUGAUUUGAAGGCCAAUACCGAGUACACUGGCUACACAUCAUCAUCUGAUGUUGUUAAAUGGUUCUGGGACGUGGUUGAAAGUUUCGACAAGGAGGACAUGGCAAGACUGCUGCAAUUUGUGACUGGAACAUCAAAGGUUCCAUUGGAAGGUUUCAGGGCUUUGCAAGGUAUCUCUGGUCCUCAGAAAUUUCAGAUCCACAAGGCUUAUGGAGCUCCUGACAGGCUACCUUCUGCUCAUACAUGCUUUAACCAGCUAGACCUUCCUGAGUACACCACCAAAGAACAGCUUCACGAACGAUUGAUACUUGCUAUUCAUGAAGCUAGUGAAGGAUUUGGCUUUGGUUGACAGAAGGAAUCUCAGCAGAUAUUUCCCCAGCAUUCCAGUCAUCGGUCGUAUAGUUAGCAUGUACAUAUGAAAGAACCCGGUUCCUGAAUUUUGUCUUCCAGUAUUACAGCAACUUCUGAGGAAACCGAUGAUGGAUUUUGUAAAGAAUUCCGAAAGCAUUAUCUAUUGACGGGAGGCCGGCAAGCUUCUCAGGUGACAAUGGAUUGGAAUCUUAGAAAUUCUUUAGCGAAUUCUUUACAUGUCGGAAAAUUGGGGAUUCGGUACAGAUGGACGUGGAUAGAAAAUCUGUUUUGGUGUUCAUAGUAGAUAUCUGUUUUAGAUUAGUCAGUUUUCACUUUCUCCGACCUGAAUGUUUGGUAAUAAGCCUAGGAACAUAUUUAUGUAUAUGUAAUUCCAGAUGGUUUCUUUUGGGUUUCAAUUUAUUUAAAGGCGAGAAGGUGAUUCCAAUUUUGCUCCUUCAA